AUGUCAGUCCAAGUCAACUGCAAAGCCGAGAAGAAGAUGACAAUAGCAAUUCGAUGCGAUUAUCAACUAACCACUGUAAUGUGCGAUAGUUCAAACCCUAAGACGAACGCCAUAAUCUAUGCGGAAAGGCCGGACGUAAAUAUGAAAUGCACUGCAUACUGCUUAGAAGAAACAAUUUUUUGGAUCAACGCUACAUUGAAAUACUUGCCAUCACACGUAGAGAACCUUCAACAGGCAAAAACUAUCAAGAACGUGAAGGAAAAUUGGAUUUCUAACGGAUUGGACCUUGAAUUUCCCCAUUUAGGUCCCCUACUUGAAAAGAUGUGGUAUCAUUGGGAAAUAACUAUCGGAUCAAUAAUUGGUAGAAUCUUUAUAGCUAUAAUACUAAUCAACCUAAUACCUAAACUGUUAGCUCUAAUAAUUCAUCUAAUCAAUCAUAUUGCAAAACAAAUAUCCGAUAACAUUAUCUCACCUAAUUUACCCUUUUAG